AAGCAUAUGAUGGCUUUCAUUGAGCAGGAAGCCAAUGAAAAGGCUGAAGAAAUAGAUGCAAAGGCAGAAGAAGAAUUCAACAUUGAGAAGGGUCGCCUUGUUCAGACACAGAGGCUGAAAAUCAUGGAGUAUUAUGAAAAGAAGGAGAAACAAAUUGAACAGCAAAAGAAAAUUCAGAUGUCCAACCUGAUGAAUCAAGCAAGACUGAAGGUCCUCAAGGCAAGGGAUGACCUUAUUGCAGAUUUGCUGAAUGAGGCCAAGCAGGGUCUUGCCAAGGUGGUGAAGGAUACUGCCAGGUACCAGAUGCUGCUGGAAGGACUUGUUCUACAGGGAUUCUACCAGCUGCUUGAGCCCAGAAUGGUUGUUCGAUGCAGGAAACAGGAUCUCACUAUGGUUAAGGCUGCUGUAAAGAAGAAUAUUCCCAUCUACAAAAAUGCCACAAAAAGGGAUGUGGAUAUUCAGAUUGACCAAGACAACUUCCUGCCAGAGGAAAUUGCUGGAGGUGUUGAAAUCUAUAACAGUGAUGGUAAAAUUAAGGUUUCCAAUACUCUGGAAAGUCGACUGGACCUUGUAGCCCAACAGAUGAUGCCAGAAAUCAGAGUGGCUCUCUUUGGUGCUAAUGCCAACAGGAAGUUUUUGGACUAAACCCAUGUGGGAGAAGGUGGGAUCUAUUCCACUGCUAUACUGAAGGGGAUGCAAAAGCAUCUGCUAAUUUAAAAUCUUGAAAUAUAACAUUACCUUGUUAUCCAAUAUCUGUUCUUCAGUGGAAUAAUUUUGCAUACCUGCUGUGCUUAGCCUCUCUACUUGUGGUUAGAAUGUAUUGCUUAAAGGAUGUGAAGACCAUAUUCAUCCAGCAGUGACACUAGAAAGUGGAGGCAUUUGGGCUCUUGGCUUUCCUUGCACUGUGGUGGCUCUAUAAAGACAAGUGGCCCAUUCAGGGUCACUCAUUUUGCUUUGGCCACAUCUCUUUCAAGGUGUCUAAUCUGUGAAGUAACUUACUAUGCUACCAAUGGGAAAUACCUUUUCAGUUAAGGUUUUCAGUGUUACAAAGGGCGUGUGUUCCUUCCCAGGGUUAGCAGUUUAAUUCAUGUUACUUGGUCAGGCAUUUUUCUGUUCUGUAUAUGUGAUUUAAAAAAAAGCCUGAGCCUGUAAAACUUUAUUUAUUAAAAUAAAAAUGCGUGUGUGUAUGGA